AUGCGUGUAACGUUUUGCACUGAUUUAGAUAAAAGUGUUGUGGUAGCAAAUUGUGAGAAACGUGGCUGGGUACAGGUUGGUCCCGAAGAUGAAUGGAAUAUUUAUUGGGCAGGAACGAUGACUUGCCGCAGUCUCUUUAGCGUAGACAGUGGAUAUCGCAUGAACGAUAACCAAAUUAUAAAUCAUUUUCCCAAUCACUAUGAAAUAUCUCGGAAAGAUCUUCUAGUAAAAAAUAUAAAGCGCUACAGGAGAGAUUUGGAAAAGGAAGGUAGCGGUUUGGCUGAAAGAGGUGAUUCCAAGUACCUUCAUUUAGACUUUAUACCUGUAACGUUUGUCCUUCCUGCGGAUUAUAAUAUGUUUGUUGAGGAGUACAGAAAAGCGCCCCAGAGUACGUGGAUUAUGAAGCCUUGUGGUAGAUCUCAAGGUUCGGGAAUAUUUUUAAUAAACAAGUUAUCAAAGCUGAAGAGGUGGUCGAGAGAAUCCAAAACGCCUUUUCAACAGCAACUUGGUAAAGAAAGCUAUGUAAUAUCUAAGUACAUUGACAAUCCCCUGCUAAUAGGUGGGAAAAAAUUCGAUUUGAGACUGUACGUUUUAGUAACGUCUUUUAGACCUUUGAAAGUUUAUCAGUUUCGUUUAGGAUUCUGCAGGUUUUGUACAGUAAAGUACGAUUCAAGUGUGGCGGAGCUUGAUAAUAUGUAUGUACAUUUAACAAAUGUGUCUGUACAAAAACAUGGGGGUGAAUAUAAUUCAUUACACGGUGGAAAGCUGAGUGUACAGAAUUUGAGAUUACAUUUGGAAAGUACGAGAGGAAAACAAGUCACAGAAAAGUUGUUUGAUCAGAUUAGUUGGCUGAUUAUUCAUUCGCUCAAAGCGAUAGCUCCAGUCAUCGCAACGGAUCGACACUGCUUUGAAUGUUAUGGCUACGAUAUCAUCAUAGACAACAAACUUAAACCGUGGCUAAUUGAGGUCAACGCUUCCCCGUCCCUAACAUCCACCACAGCAAAUGACAGGAUAUUGAAACAUAAAUUAUUAGAUAACAUAUUUAACAUAGUCAUACCGCCAUCAGGAAUACCAGACGUUAGGUGGAAUAAAAUUCCAUCACCACAAGCACUGGGUGACUUUGAAUUGUUGAUUGACGAGGAUCUUGUUAAUAUACAUGAAAGUUCAGAAAUCGCAAAUUCCAGCAGAAGCAGCUUCAGAUGGAAAUGA